AUGCCUGAUCAGGUCCUCGUAAGAGUGGAAGUCUCUCUCUGGCCCCGUUCGCCCAAUGAUGGUGCACACGGGGCAGCGCCAGGUACGACAGUGCAGCUUGUGCUUGGGCAUAGGCAUGGGCAGCCAGUUCUUGCGGCAAACGACCGUCUGUACCUCCCAAAGCAGGCUGACGAGGUAUCCCAUCGGCUCGCGGUCCGUGAUGGCGUCGCUGAUGUCCUGGAUACUAACCCGGGGAGCAUUCGGACAGCUCCGCGUCUCGAGGUGACGCACGACUUGUGCACCCUUCUCAAACCCGGUUCGGCAGAAUGGACACUCGAUCGCGAAAUGGGUCGAGCGGAGGUGUGCCUCGAUCCCCUCCUUUGUGCGGAACACGAGGCGACACUCGCGACAGAGGAGGUGGUCUGCGCGCUCGUGGUCCACCAGCCAUUGCCUCGAGGGCAGAGGCAACGAGCAUACAGUGCACGACCAGUCCAUCCCGUGCCCGGCGCGGUGCCUUUCCAGGUCCUGUGCCGAGUAGCACAGACUCUGGCAUUGGCGGCAGUAAUGCGCUUUGUGGACUUUGACCUCGUGCCGCCUCCUCACGGUCGGGGAGGCGGGGAGACAGUCACACCACUCGCAUUCGUACCUGUGCAUCUUGCUGGUGUGCAUAUUCACAGCGAGGAGGGAGCCGAAGGCGUCUCCGCACUCCUCGCAGGGCCAGUGGCCGUGCUCCACUUCCUCGUGCUCGUGCAACUCCGGGCCGGUGGGCCAUGUCAAACCGCACGCCUCGCACAGGUACGCGAAGUGGUUCUUGCUCGCCAUGUGCUGGAAGCUCGCGCGGGAGGAUGCGAAGUAGCGCGGACAGAUGUCGCACUCGAAUUCAGGCGGGGCGUGGUGCACCGCGGCGCAGUGCGCGUCGCGUGCUCGCCAGCCGGACGGGAAACCUUUCUGGCAGGUGCCGCAGGUGAAAGUUCCGCCUUCUCCGAGUUCUGGGACCUUCUCCUGUGCGGAGACAAUGACUCGCACCCACCCUUUCGCGCUCUUGGUGCGCCUCCCGGUUGGAGAUCAUAUAAAGACCACGCGCCUGCUCCGCGUCAAAGUGUGCACGCAGUGCUCGCGACGACGGCGGGGAAAGCGACACUUCCCAACCUCGAGGUGGUGCACGGCCGCCGCAAGGCUGUCGAACACUCUGCCGCAACCGUCGUUAGGACAGACGUAGGUGUUGGGCGGGUCUGCAGCGUCAGCAUCCCUCAGUCACCGAGCAACCAUGGCGAAACUCACAAGGCACGCAAACGAAAGCCAGGUGGAUGCGGAGGUCCGUCUUCGAGCCAAACUUGCCCUAAACUUGCCCUUACAGGCGUAGCACACCCAUGCCCUGCCGUCCCGCCCACAGCGCUUCACGCGCCGCGCGACCUCCCUCCUGGGGCUGAACGCGAGCAUGAGCCUGACGACGAGUGGUCUCCUGCGGAUACGGCGGUUGCGUCCCCUCAGGAUCCAGAAGAGGAGCGGGUCGACGCCGGGGACGACGGGACAUGCGCCGCGCUCCAUGUGCUCGUCGGCGUUCUUGAACUGGCGCCGGCACACGCGGCAGCGCUGAUGUUCCUUCUCCUCGUGGCUGCGCGCGGCCUCGUUCGUCGCCCACACACUCUUGCACCACCGGCACUGGAAGCCGUGCACGUCCUCCAUGUGCGCCUGCCCUUCGUACAGCGCAUCGUCGGUCGUGGGGAUUGCGAUGUCGCAGGCGGGGCAGUGCCAGUGCUCGUGGUCGUCGAGCUUGUGCUUGAACAGCUCGCCUUGCGUGGGCCACGUCAGGUCGCACUCGUCGCAGCGGAGGCGGAAGUGGUUCGCGGCCGCCAUGUGUCGCCAGCGCUCGGUGUCGGUGUCGAAUGUGAGGGGACAGGUGUCGCACUCCAUUCCAGGAAGGGGGUGGUCGGCUUGCGCGCAGUGUCGGUCGCGAGAACGUGA